GGGAGCCCUCGGGUCUGAGUGUGUGUCGGUGGCGCCCGCCCGGGCCAGGCUCAGUCUCUGGCACGAAUUCUGGCCCAGUCAUUUGUGGUUCAUGGCUUUUGUGAUAUGCCGAAGAUUUCCAGGCAGUUUCUGUGGAACGGCUCCGUGGCCAGCUCUAACCAAGCACCAUUUAAACAAGAUAUUGCCUGGUCAAAGCCAUCAGGACUGUGCUCUCAGUAGUGACAUCAGAAUGGCAGCCACUCUCAAGUUGUUCAAACCUUUAGCAUAUCAAACAUUUAGCAGUCCUUUCGCCUACAGUACAAUCCGAAGAGCAGCAUAUUGGAAUGUGGGAUGCACCCCAUGGCACCUGGGACAGGACCCUCCAGAACACGAUAGCCCCCACUACCCUCACGGCCAAGUUCAGAAUGUCUGUAGCACUCAUUCUUCUCGGAGGAGGCUUGCUAUCAGCCAUGUGCUCCCGGCUCUGGAGUUGAGCAAGGCUUCUGCCUCCAUGGCCAGCAUGCUGCCACAGGGCUCACCCAGGACCAGGAGAACAGAUGAAGAGGAUGUAGAGGUUUUUGACACCCUUGAAAGCACCCGAGUUUUCCUGCAGCUGAGACCAGAGUACCGGCUUCACAGCUAUUGCAGGCCUGAGACUUGUCAGCCGCUGUCUGUUUCAGAAGGUGAGCAGAUUUUGCACAACGUCACGGUCAGCCAGAAGCAUCUGCAACCUCCAGCCAUUGCCGAUUACUUCUCUAAGCUGAGCACUUUGCCUGCAGAGCAGCGCACUGUUUUGCUGUCCGAUCCUGGUUUUGCUCUACUCUGCCAGCUAAGUGUGAAAGACAUACGGCUCUUUGAGACUCUGGACCUGAUCCGUAUUUUGAAAGCUUUUGUCAGUUUAGGAAUCCCUCACUCCCAUCCAAUGCUAGAUGCAUACGAAACGCGGUUUUGCCAUCUGGUGUGGGAGAUGAACCUGGAUCAACUCCUGCUGGUGGCUGAUCUGUGGCGGUACUUGGGCCACAAAGUGCCUCGGUUUUUAAAAAUCUUCUUUAGUUACCUUAAUUUACACUGGAAAGAUCUUUCUUUGUCUCAGCUGAUUCACUUAAUUUAUAUCAUAGGUGAAAGCCGUCAGGCACCCCAGGACCUAAUGCAAAAACUGGAAUCAUUGAUCCUUAAGUAUAUAGAGUUGAUCAAUUUAGAGGAGCUUGGUACGAUCUGUUUAGGAUUCUUUAAGUCAAGCAGCAGUCUGUCCGAAUUUGCCAUGCGAAAAAUCGGAGAUUUGGCUUGUGCCGACAUGCAGCACCUAAGCAGUCAUGCUCUAGUGAAUAUUCUUAAAAUGUUGCGUUUCACUCACGUGGAUCACAUACACUUCAUGAGGUGCUUUGGAGAGCUGGCUCCUCAGCGAAUUCCCUCCUUGGGGGUCCAAGGAGUCAUGCACCUGACUCUUGCCUGCUCCGCCUUACGGUUCUUCGAUGAAAGAGUCAUGAAUGCCGUGGCUGCUUCUUUGCCUCCCAGGGUAGCACACUGUCGAAGUAAAGAUGUUGCCAAAAUUCUGUGGUCAUUUGGAACUCUGAAUUAUAAACCACCCAAUACAGAAGAGUUUUAUUCCAGCCUCAUAAAUGAGAUUCACAGAAAAAUGUCUGAAUUCAAGCAAUACCCAGAACACCUGCUCACCUGCCUGCUGGGCCUGGCAUUUUCGGAGUACUUUCCCGAGGAGUUCAUCAGUUUUGCUCUGAGUCCAGGGUUUGUGAGGUUAGCUCAGGAGAGGAGUAAGUAUGAACUUUCUAAGGAACUGUACACUCUUGAUGGUACAGUUGGUAUUGAGUGCCCAGAUUACAGAGGCAGCCGGCUAAGUUCCCACCUUCAGCAAGAGGUAGCUGAAAAGCUUUGGAAUUUAGCCAGAAAGGAUAUGACCUCAAAGCCCGAAUUCCUAGAAGCCCUGUUUUCAUUGGAAACCAUGUUGGGUGGGCCUCAGUAUGUCAAGCACCAUAUGAUUUUGCCUCAUACUCGAUCUUCUGACCUAGAAGUCCAGCUGGAUUUUAACCUGAAGCCAUUGCCGUUUAACAAGGAAGCCAUCCCAGCCGAAGACGGCCCCAGAGUUAGGCUUAAGCAUGUAGGAGUCACUCUUACAGAUGAUUUGAUGAGCCAGUUACUAAGAGGGAAAGCCAGAGGGCGUUUCCAGGGGGCACUUGAGUCAGAGCAGGCAGCCAGACCCUUGCAGGACACCCUUUGCAACGUGGAUGAUAAGUCAGGGGCCAAGGAGACGGCCAGCUUUUGCCCCCCAGACCCUGCGCAAGCCCCGCUAGUGAAGCUGGCCAUCCAGCUGACAAACAAGAACCAAUAUUGCUAUGGUACCAGGAAUCUGCUCGGACUGCACAACAUGAAGAGGCGGCAGCUGAUUCGGCUUGGGUACCGGGUGGUGGAGUUAUCCCACUGGGAAUGGCUCCCGCUCCUGAAACGAACUCGCUUGGAAAAGCUGGCCUACCUCCAUGAGAAAGUGUUCACCUCUGCUCUCUGAAGGGCCCACGGGGGGAGUUUGACUUACAGAAGCCGCAGGCACGCACAGCAUCCCGCACACAGCCACAGGUGCAGCAUCCCUCCAAAAUCCAGAACCCUUGGCAACAGCAAACUUGUUGAGCCCUGAUGUGAAGCUCACUAGUGUUUGGAACUUUGGAGCAGUUUGGACCUUGGUUUUCCAGAUUAGGGAUACUCACCUGGAAAGUCUCCAAACGUUUAAGAUCAGUCUAGAAUCAGAAGCAUUUCUGGUCUUGAGCAUUUCAGAUAAGUGAUAUUCAACCAUGUUGCAAAAUAUUUACAAAGACCAGGUAUAAAUUUGAUAAUUAUCCACUUUGAGGAGACCUAGCUGUGCUUUUGUCUCCAAUGAAUUGGUGCUAAUAUAUGCACUGUGAAUUAUAACCUGGUUGAUUAUACAAGUUGCUUCCAAUUUGUGCUUAAAACUCUUAAUAAACAGCUUAAGUGCUGUUGCA